AUGGUUGAACAUGCAGCCCGUGACUUCCAGUCCGCACUGCAGCAGCUGAAUGCCACCAGCGGCAAGCCAGCCAGCUUUGGUUGCACUGCCAACUGCCAAAUCUGUGCACAGCUCGUGUUGGAGAAUAACAGUCCUGCACAAACUGGUGCCGCAUCGCUGUGGUCGCAGAAGCCAACUUUGUAUUUCGACUUCGACGAGCUCGAUGAGGAGGAAAUUGGUCGACCACCACUGUCGGCAGCAGUGCCAGGUGAAGGACAAGCGACUUCGACGCGAAGGCUUUUCGAGGGCACCGUGACAUUGCAGAUCGUUGCAGCGAUGACUGGGGGCGAGGUAUGUUCGUUGGUGAAUACCGCACUGAACUGUACCAUCUGGGACGUUAAGGAGCGCAUCGAGCGCAAGGAAGGGACGAAACUCAGCGCACAGAAGUUGCUUUGUGCCAAUGGCCAGGUUGCGCACGACGAUGCCAUUCUUGCAGAUGUGGUGGACCACAAGCAGCCGGCGCUCAGCCUUGUCCGCUCUCCCCCUGUCUGGGCUGGGCUGCUGGCGAACAUCGCAGCUGGGGAAGUUCAGCUUGAGGAACUUGACGAGGGUGCGCGCAGCGAUCGGGCCAUCGUCCUCGCAGCAGUGCACGCAAGUCAAGGCAGAGCCCUCGCUCAUGCAUCUCCCACAUUACGUGGCGACAAGGAAAUGGUCACCGAAGCAGUGAAGCGGAACGGACUUUCUCUGCGGCAUGCCAGCGCGUCGCUGAGAGCAGACCGUGAUAUCGUUUUGACGGCUAUUCGCGAGUGCCCGUUGGCCUUGGAAUUUGCAAGUGACGCGCUGCGAAAAGACCAUGAUUUCAUCGUCAACGCGGUGCGUGUGUCGGCUCGGGCGGCUGGGUGUGUUACAGAGGGUAUUUACAGUUGGGCAAUGCACAGAAGCUGCCUCCAUAAUCCCGGUGUGGAGAAGAUUCGGGAGAAGGGGGGCUGCAAUGAAGGUGGUGUGGUGGUUGUCGGAAUGUUUUCCAAGCACAGCCUCAUGCUUGGCAUGCUGUGCUUUGCGAGCUGUACGACUUUGCUCGCUGUGAUUUGCAGCAUCACAGAAAGAGAUGUCUGGAGCUACAGAGAAACGGAUCUUUCGCCGGUGAGCUGCUGUCCGCCUUUCCAGCUGUCUUUGCGCACCUGCCUCCGCAGUUGCGAAGAUCGCGAGUUUUAA